AUGGAGAGCCAACGGCGCGCGUUUUCCGGGUGUCGACGUGGCGCCGUGCCGCCGACUCGCCUGCAGCGCGACACCGCGCUCGUUGGCUCUCCACGCGGCGACGCAUCAACUUCCUCCAAGGCGCAAGAUUCGCCGAAUCUCGUCACACCGAAAGUCCUGAGCGCAAUUCGUCCGUCAGCGCAUCGCGAUUCUUCGCACCCCGAGCGGACGGCAUUCCAAGGUACCCCUGACGCAAGCGCUGUCCAUUCCGGCGGUCAUGCCGGUGCUCCCGCCAGCCGUGGCCCGCUCGCUCGCGUUCGCCCUGCCGCCUCAACAGCAGCAGGGGAAGCCCACGGCGUGCAGAUGCGCGGGCCACGCCCGCCGUCGCUCAUCCUUCCCUCCCAGUGCGGCCUCCACACCUGCCUUGGCACCUCCGCCACCCAUGCUGCCGUCAGGGCCGCGCAGGCCGUCAACGACCGUACCGCCGCGGCUGCUGUCUCGCCCGCAGCAUCCGCUGACUCCGCAGCUGCCUCGCCUUCCUCAUUUGCGUCCUCCCCACCCGCUCCUUCCGCUGCUGCUGCCAGCCCGUCCGCACUCCCGCUCGCCUGCACCUGCGCUGAAUCCCCGCGGCUGCUACACCCGCGCUCUGCAUGUACCGCCCCUUCCCCUCCUCCCUCCGCCUCCGCAUCUCCGCGCCUGCUCCAGGCGUCCCGUCCGCGCGCGCCCAGCGCGCACUCGUCUCCGCGCCCCUGCAUUCCUGAGCGCACUGCGCAGUACGCCUCCCACGACCAGGCGGACCUUCCCCGCGCGGCGAGCUUCCACCAUCCGCCCGCCCGCCGCCGCGAGUCCGAUGCGCCAAUAGCGCAAGAGGCGGCCGACCUUGCCCGCGCGCGCAGCUUCCACCGCCCGCCCUCGCAACUGCAACCGAAGCUCUCCCCCUCCGCCGCCCGCCAUACCCGCUUGCCCCUCCCCCUCCUGCCCCUCACCUUCCCCCGUUCCCCCACCCAUCCCGCGCCCCGUAGCUGCCCGCCCGCGCGCCUGCUAGCGGAGCAGCCGCUGCGGCAGUGGGGGGGAGGCGAGGGUGGGGGCAGGGGGCAGGAGGAGUGUGAGGUGAUGGGGUGGCGAGAGAAGUGGGUGUCGGAGGCGAGCGGGGACAGGGAGAGGGAGAGGAGGGAGGGUGAGGGGGAGGAAGAAGGGGAGGAAGACUGGGGGACACAGAAAGUGGGGAGAGGGGAGCGGUUGCUGCAAGGACGGAAUGUGAUCAUGAGAACCAGGCAGCCGCAACGGCGGGCAUCAUUUGGCGGCCAAUCAGAUGCUGCCAUGUGGCAGCGUGUCCACGAUGGAAUGCCUAUGGAAGAGGCAGACGUGCCCAUGUGGCGCCUGGUCGCUCGCGCCCUGGCGCCGCCCAGCCCCACACCGCCCAGUCAGGCGCCGCCCAGCGCCGCCUCUGCACAGUUGAAGUGCCACACUGGUCCCGAGGGAGUAGCAGCAUCAUGCACUGCCAGGGAGCGGGUAGGAGGAGGCGCUGUGAGGGGGGAUGAGGGCGAUGUGGCAAGCGAUGUGAGGGGGUUUGGCGGCAUUACACAGCUACCUGAGCGCAUACAGGAUCACAGUCGAUACAGUCACAGCGCGACCCCCUCUCCACAAUCGGGGUGUGCCCACGGAACGUGCAGUGUGGUGCUUCCCCCACCCGUACGCAACCCCACUGCACCACCCACACAUGCCCUCAUGCAGCCGUGCCAGCAGGAGGGAGAGGAUGAGGAGGAAGGUGAGGUUCCAAUGCUAGCCAUUCCACGCAGAGCGCACUCCGCUCGUUGCACUGCCACCGCUGCCCCCACCCGCUCGCCCCUCUCCCCAGCCCACCACCGCACACAUUCCUCCAGUUUCUCCCACCUCCACCGCUCCCCACUUAACCCCUGCUCCCCACUUAACAGCCCAACAGCUGGCAGCAGGUCUGGCACGGGGCGGCAGAGGGGAGCAGACGUGUCCAUAUGUGUUGCUAGUCCAAGGGCCAUCCCUAGUCAAAAGGCCCUCACUGCCCCACACAGCAGCCCACAGCUCGUCACUGACCCAAGGGUGCUUCACAGCCCUCGUUGCCACGUGGCGGCGUCGGAGCGCAUCAAGAACGUGGUGGUGCUGAUGAUGGAGAACCGCUCGUUCGAUCAUGUGCUGGGAUGGCUGCAGCCCCGCAACGCCGAAAUCGACGGCCUCGAUGGCUCCGAGUGCAACCCCAUCGUCGCCAAGGCCCGCGAUGCGGACCCGCCGGCCCCGCCAGGCGACUCGGGCGAUUCGGGCGAGUCGAGCCUGUCGGGCGAUUCGGGCGGCAGCUCGGUGACGUUCGAGCAAGUGUGCAUUAACGAUAGAGCGCGGUACAACAACAGCGAGGACCCCGACCACUCGUUCAAAGGCGUUCGCAAUCAGAUCUUCGGCGGGAAAUCGGUAGCUAAGGCCUCUUCUCGGCUUAUGCGGGGAUUCGCGCAGCAGGCGGAGGAGGUGCGCGCGGGGUUCUCCGCGGAGGUCAUGUCCGCCUUUCCGCCGGCCGCGCUGCCUGUGACCACCGCGCUCGCCACGAACUUCGCCGUGUGCGACCGCUGGUUCUCGUCCGUACCGGGCCCCACCCAUCCCAACCGCUACUUCCUGCACGCCGCCACGUCCAAGGGGCUCCUGGCGGAGCGCAAGCCCGUGCUGCUCGCGGGCUUCCCCGCGCGCACCAUCUUCGACGUGCUCUCGCGCCGCAAGGUGUCCUUCGGCAUCUUCUACCACGACAUCCCCGCGUCGCUUGCGCUCUCCUCGCUGCGCCGGCGGAAGCACGCGCGCAGGUUCCGCCCGAUCGAGAUGUUCUACGCGCAGGCGCGGCUGGGGCGGCUGCCCGCGUACUCGUUUGUCGAGCCGCAGUACUUCGACUUCUCGCGCCAGCCGGGCAACGACGACCACCCGGGCCACGACGUGCGCCACGGGCAGCAGCUGAUUAAAGACGUGUACGAGGCUCUGCGCGCGGGGCCGCAGUGGCGCCACGCGCUGCUGCUCGUGACGUAUGACGAGCACGGCGGGUUCUUCGACCACGUGGCGCCGCCCAUGGCGGGCGUGCCGUCCCCCGACGGCGUGGUGGGCGAGGAGGACGCCUUCAACUUCCGCCGCCUCGGCGUGCGCGUGCCCACCUUUGUCAUCUCGCCCUGGAUCGACAAAGGCAUGGGUGCGCCCCCCUCCGCUCCCCGUUCCCCCUUUUCCUUCAUCCACCGCCCACGAGGCCCGUACCCGACAUCGCAGUUCGAGCACACGUCGGUGGCGGCGACACUGAGGGACGUGUUCAGGCUGACGUCUAAGCAGGACGUGCUGACGGCCAGGGACGCCUGGGCGGGCUCGCUCCUGCCCUUCCUCUCCCUGCGCUCCUCGCCGCGCACCGACUGCCCCCGUGAGCAUUCCCCACGCCCACUGCCCCCGUGA